AUGAAUACAAUCCAUGAAAUUCAGUGUGGUGAUGGGCGGGUGGUGAAAGGCGAUGAUAUUAAGACAGAGGCGGAAAAGUAUUUUCGAGAAUUCCUUCAGUUUCUCCCUACGGACUAUGAGGGUAUUUCUAUUGAUGAGCUUCAAGAGUUGCUACCUUUUCGUUGUUCUUUGGAUGACCAAACCAAACUUACCUCUACGAUUAUUGCUAAUCGGUUGAAACAAGUUCUCCCAAAGUUCAUCUCAGGCAACCAAUCUGCUUUUGUGGCGGAUCGUUUGUUGAUUGAAAAUGUAUUGCUUGCUACAAAACUCGGUAAAGACUACCACAAAGACUCUAUUUCAGAACGAUGUGCCAUAAAAAUAGAUAUUUCUAAGGCGUUCGACUUUGUUCAAUGGUCAUUUCUCCUCAAUGUUCUUGCUACUCUUAGUUUUCCUCCCCAGUUUAUACAGUGGAUCAAACUAUGUAUCACUACGGCUUCUUUCUCGGUUCAAGUGGAUGGUGAACUUGCGGGUUACUUCCAAAGCUCACGUGGCUUACGACAAGGGUGUUCCUUGUCUCCUUACCUUUUUGUCAUUUGUAUGGAUGUUCUCUCAAAGUUGUUGGAUAAGGUGGCGGGGAUAGGACAAUUUGAUUACCACCCACGUUGCCGCAAUAUAGGGUUGACUCAUUUAAGCUUCGCUGACGACCUCAUGGUGCUAUCAGAUGGGAAACUCCGCUCCAUUGCUGGUAUUGUUGAUGUUUUUGACAAGUUUGCAAAAUUCUCGGGGUUGAAAAUCAAUAUGGAGAAGUAUACCUUGUUUUCAGCUGGGGUCACAGACACGACUCGUCAACAAAUCGCAACUGAGUUCUUAUUUGAUGUUGGUCAGCUUCCUGUAAGUUCGGUUAUCUGGAGCACUUGUAACUUCUGGUUAAGUGUGUUUCACUUGCCUCGAUCGUGUAUACGAGAAAUUGAACAAAUAUGCUCUGCUUUUCUAUGGUCCGGUGCCAACAUGAAUCUAAAGAAAUCGAAACUUCCAUGGCAGCAGGUUUGCAAGCUGCAAAGGGAAAGGGGGUUAGGACUUCGGAUUUUGAAAGAGGCAAAUGAUGUGUGUUGUCUUAAGCUCGUGUGGAGAAUUGUUUCUCAUAGUAACUCUCUAUGGGUUAGGUGGGUGGAUAGAUUUCUACUGAAGAACAAACCGCUGUGGCUAGCAAAGGAGACUGUUAGUUUAGGCUCAUGGAUAUGGAAAAAAAUAUUGAAGUACAAGGCUUUGGCUGAAUCUUUCUGCAAAGUUGAGGUUGUGAACGGUGUUUUGACCUCUUUUUGGUUGGACAAUUGGUCUCCUCUGGGGAAACAGGAGGAUGUUGUGGGGAGACAGGGGAUUCUUGCACUUGGGAUUGGACAAUCUAUGAUUGUGGCGGAAGCAUGGUCCUCUCAUAGACAGCGGAGACAUCGUCAAGACUCUCUAAACGUUAUUGAAGAGGUUCUAUUCCAACAGUUUCAGCGGAGAACAGAGCAGCCUGAUGUGGUUCUUUGGAGGGGUAAGAAUGAUGUUUAUCAUCCACGCUUUUCAACUAAGGACAUCUGGAAUCAUAUCCGAACCACAUCUCCUACUGUUGCUUGGCAUCGUGGAGUCUGGUUUCUGCAUGCUAUGCCAAAAUACUCUUUCUGCGUCUGGUUAGCUGUUCACAACAGGUUAGCAACCGGGGACGGAAUGAUUCGGUGGACCAGGAAUCUCUUGGGCGACUGUCUUCUCUGCCAUCAAGCUCUUGAAACACGGGACCAUCUCUUUUUCUCUUGUGGUUUCGCUUCUAAAAUUUGGGCUGCUCUUGCCGAAGGGGUUUACAAGGCUGAAUAUACCACGCACUGGCCUGCGAUUAUCACUUAUCUCUCGAACCAGCAGCGUGAUCGUACGGAGGCGUUCUUGUCUAGAUACGUUUUUCAAGCUUUGGUGUAUGCCAUUUGGAAAGAGCGUAAUGGCAGAAGGCAUGGGGAGUCAGCGCACACUGCAGGUCAAAUCGUUAAGUGGGUUGAUCGACAGGUUAGAAAUCAGUUCCUUGCUAUCCAAUGGAUGAGAGACCAGCGUUAUGACCAAGGCUUACAACUUUGGUUCAGUGCUAGGAUCUGA